AUGCCAAAAAAACAGGGCGUUGGUCGCCGUGAUGAUCGCCCUAUCGGUCGCCGCACGAUUAUUGAUAUUCAUUUAGAAGUCUUAGACGAAUGUCAAAAAGAAGACCUGCAUUCGACGAAAGAGGAAUUUCUCGAAAUUUUGGUUCAAGAAAUUAUGGGAAACGAAUUUAUGAAGAAAGAGAAGGUUCCAAGUUCAGUCUCCGGUUUUAGGGAAGAAGACUUUGUUCCUAAGGAAUAUGUUCCUACGGAAUGUGCUCCUAUGGUUAAUGUUCCUAAGGAAGAGGUUCCAAGUUCAGAUUGCGGGUUUAGGGAGGAAGACAUUGUUCCUAAGGAAGAGGUUCCAAGUUCACGAUUAUGGGUUUAG